AUGCUCCGGCGUUUACAGCGUUCAGGGGCCGACGGGAAGGAGCCAAAGGAGCCGAAACCUGCUUCCAACAAGAAUGUCGUGGAUGAAAAGUUGUUGAAUGCCGUUGAUAACAUUGUUAGCAGUAUUCCCAAAGAAGAUAAACCUACACGGAUCAGAGUUCGCGGAUCUCUUUUGUCACGACUUACAGGAAUAGAAAAAGAGACUUUUGAGAAAGCAACGGAGGCUUCCCUUGAUGAGAUGCAAUCAGAUAAAAACGUCGUCAAUUUACUUUCGGAAGUUGCUGCAGAUGCUAAAAAAGCAAAACGUUUGCCGAAUAGGUUUGCAGCCGAACGAAAUGCACAACGUGGAUUGCUCUUGUUGCGGAAAGAAAUAUUUUAUCAAGCUAAACAGGAAGGAUAUUCCGCCGAUGAAGCUAGCAAAUUUGCCGAGAGAGCUGUAAAUGAGGUAGAAGAAAAGCUGACAACGGAGAGGGAACGAUCUUAUGCAACCGUCAAAGAGGAUAGAGAACGAGGUUUUCUCGAAGAGUCGAGCAGAAAUGAGAAAGAGCAAAAACUUUUUAAUUAUGCUUUUCAAAUGGCCGAGAAAAUCCUAUAUCGGGAUGAAACGCCGUCUACAGCUUUGAACAAAAUCAAUCCAGACGUUAAAUUACCGAAAUUUUUUGGUUCUUCGGAGAAGCUUGGCGUUUUUGAUGCGACUAAGAAUCUUCAAGAUGUUUCACUUGAAUUUUGGCGGAAUUGUGAUUUGCGCGCGGCAAAAAUUGCUAACCAACCGAUGGGACCGAGAAAUGCAUUUGAAGAGCAAAUCGAAUGGACUCAAAAAGCAAAACAAUGGCCAUAUCCAAUCGACAAUGAGUAUCUAUUAGGGGACGAAGAAAAGGUUUCGUUUAUUGAUCACGUUUUCCUCGAAAGACAUUUACCCACGCUAGGGAUUCCGCGUGAUGGACCCAUAGGACAUUUCAUGGAAUUGGUAUGUGUGGGUCUCAGCAAAAAUCCAUACAUGACGGCUGCAAAGAAAAGAGAACAUCUUCAAUGGUUUUCCUCUUAUUUCAACGCGGAGAAGCAACAGCUUGUCAAUAAAUUGCACAAACAAGAAAUGGAUUCUUCAACUGCA